AUGGACGAAUUGCCGGGUGAAGAGCACCUCGCUUUCACAAAAUGGGCCAUCUCGAAAGGAAUCGAGAUCAACGGCAUAGCGCCAGCUCGAUUCCCCGGCCGCCGGUUAGGAAUGAUUGCAACGAAGACCAUAGAAGAGGGAGAGAUCAUGCUCACCGUCCCACAAACGGCAAUGCUAUCCAUUGACUCCAUCCCGUCUUCAUUCGUGGAUCUCUUCCCCGAGGGGACAUCCGUCCACGGCAUUCUAGCCGCAUAUCUCACGCACGGGGACGCCAAAGCCCUGAAAGAGAUAGACGCAUGGCGCAAUGUCUGGCCAAACUGGCAAGAGCUCGAAGAUAGCACGCCUAUACUAUGGCCGGCUCAUCUGCGACGGUCAAAUUCCGCCUUUGAAGACGAGGGCAAUUCCUCCACACCAAGUCUGCUCCCACCCUCUGUAUCUGGGCUAUGGAAUUCUUUCGAAAAGGUACCCGUAGACAUCGACUACGACACCCGAUAUCAGAACAUGCUGGCGCAAGAGGAAAAGCGGCUCAGACACGCCUGGGAACAGAUUCUCUCCGUGUUCCCGAAAACAGAAUGGAAGACGUUCGCAUAUUACUGGCUCAUCAUCAACUCAAGAAGCUUCUACUAUAUUUCCCCCGGGAAGGACGAGCCAGAGGAUUGGAACGAUGCCAUCACGAUGGUCCCUUAUGCUGAUUAUUUCAAUCACGAGGAUAACGCGGCAUGUGAAGUCCGAUUCGACCAUAUCGACUACACAUUCCGGGCUACCAAACGAUACGAAAAAGGCUCAGAAGUCUACAUGAGCUACGGCGCCCACUCAAACGACUUCCUUUUCGUCGAAUACGGCUUCUUCCUAGACAAGAACGAAUCCGACUCAAUAUACCUAGAUGACAUAAUCUUCCAAGACCUAACAAUAACCGAUAAAAAAGAACUAGUCCACCAAGGCUGUUUCGGCAACUUCGAAGUCACAGAAACAGGCGUAAGCGCCAACAUCGAAACAGCCGCCUGUCUCAAAUACAUGUCCAAACGGGACUUCCGGAUCUACAUUGAGGGUCGGUCGAAACGGGCCUUUGAUGCAGGGAAGUCGGCGGAAGUGAUUCGGGGUUGGAUUGGGGUUUAUCUUGAGGAGUGUGAGAGGACGAUGGAGAUUAUUGGGUCUAUGUUGGAGAAGCUAGGUGGGUCUAGGAGACGAAAUGGUGGGGAGAAGUGGGAGAAGAGUAGGUUGGAGAUGUUGCUUUGUAGGUGGGGACAGAUUAAGCAGAUUUGUGAUAAGGCUAUAAAUGCUGUUGGUCAGGGUGAAUAG